AUGAUGACGGUGCUGUUGUGUCGAGUUGCACAGCGCUGUGGCAGCAGGAGCAGACGCAGUGGCAGCAGGAGCUUCAGGUGUUCCGCAACAAGGAUUGCUGCUUCCAAGCCGGCUGUUGCUGUCCCUUGUGGCCGUGGACGUCGCUCUGUGUCGACCCUUUCUUGCUACAACAUCUCCAGCACUGACGUUUACAGCAACCUCGCCUUUGAGACAUGGUUGCAUGAGAGCACGGACUGGAACGAUCAGGCCGCGAUGCUGUUUUGGCGGAAUGAUCCGUGUGUUGUAAUUGGCUCGCACCAGAACCCUUGGAUCGAGUGCAACCUCCCAGCCAUGGCCAAGGACAGUGUACACUUGGCACGCCGGAGAAGUGGCGGUGGCACCGUAUACCAUGAUGCGGGCAACUUGAACGUCACGUUCAUGACAUCCCGAGCAAAACACAACCCGGAGCUCAACUCGGGCGUUAUUGCUGCUGUCAUCAAGAAAGCAUAUGGGUUGGACUGUACGGUGAGGCCCAAGCGAAGUGACAUCUUCGUUGGCGAUCGAAAGCUGUCUGGAUCGGCGUUCAGACUGAAAACGCAAGCUGCGUAUCAUCACUGCACACUGCUCAUUGAUUCAGACCCACAGGCGAUCAGCCACUAUCUCAAGAGCCCCAUGUCCUCUGACAUCCAGAGUAGAGGCAUUGAGAGCGUAAGGUCACCUGUGACGACGCUUGAGCGGGAGAUGCAAUCGCUACAGCACCGCUCGCGCUCCGUUGACCUGCCAUCACUCAUCGCCCAGGAGUACUGGAGACAACUCGGCCAUGAGCUGGUGGAGCGACUGGGUGCUGCUGACGCUGCGCUGCCCAGUGACAUUCACGCGGGCAUUCGUGACUGGAUGCUCAGCUGGCCGCUGUGGUGCCAGCCCUAAACGCCUCAAAAGGACCAGCGCUGCUAAUCAGCUGAGCGACCCGGAAGUUGCGCACGUGUGUUCUUCUGCGUGCAACACCUCCAACGCUCCCUCUUCUGACUUUGUCACCCUUUUGUUGAUUGAUAUAUGUUGUGUCAACAAUAGUCGGUCUCUUAUAUUGCCAGGACUUUAGAGGGCCUGAGAAUCAACCACUGUGCACGGCAAACGAAACAACACAGCAAAACUACGCUCACAACAACACAAAAAAAAAAAAACC